GGAGAGUGCCAGAGGGUGCCAGUGGGUGCCAGUGGGUGCUAGUGGGUGCCAGUGACAAGGAACUUGCUCCAUUACACAGUGGAAAGUUAAACAACCAGGAUGCUCUCCACUGAGCUUCGACACAACCACAUUGGUGUCGGCACGAGGAUUGUAGGUGUGGUGCAGGGGUACCGGCGUCUUAUUACAGGUGUCUUCCACCUCCCAACAGGUGUGGUGCAGGGGUACCGGCCACAAGUGGACUGGGGUGGUGAGACUGGCUCUGCCACCAUCGUAGUCGGGGGCCACAACGUCCGUGUGGCCACCUCCGGGUGGCGCAGACGCUGCCUUUACACUCUCCUGGUGGCACUCCUGACACUCUCCGUCGUCAACCUCUCACUCACACUCUGGAUCCUCAAAACUAUCCACUUCAACGUGGACGGCAUGAGUUUACUUCACGUUGUCGUGGGAGGCGUGAAGAUGCAGGGUAAAACCUUGCUCAUGGAGAAGGUAUCAACAGCUAGCAUCACCAGCAGAAGGGAGAAGAAUUUAGUCAUCAGCGGCUACCACAACCUAUCUGUUUUCACCGUGCCCUUCCUGCCACCUUCCACAGCAGACGCCACCGAUCAGGACCUACUGUCUGCCGGGGAUGUUCCUCUCAGCCACACUUCUACUUUCCUACACCUCAAUGUGGAUAACGUGUUGGCUGGGACACACAAGUUCAAGGUUCGUGGACCGCACGGAGAGCAUCUGUUCCAAGCCUCUGCCAGUGGAAGCAGUGUUGGCGCUGAGAGACUCACCGUCACAGGUGAUGAAGGUGCUGAGUUUGAAGGAACUAUCCAGACGCCUCUGGUAUAUUCCCAGGGUGUCCACGAGCUCAGGUUGGAGAGCUGGACGCGGAGGGUGUCAGGAGAAGCGGCUCAGGAGGUGAGAGUGGAGGCUCGUGAUGGAGACAUCUCUGCUACCUCCCUGAAGGAGGCCUACUUGCAGGCACACCAGGGAGCCAUCAGGAUAGACAGUCCCAACAUUUUCCUGCCGAAGCUGCCUGAGUACGGCGUCUUUCAGGACACCGGGGCGAUGGAAAGAGACAACUCUGUCACCGAGACUCCUCAAGAGAGCCAGAUUCCAGCGCCCGAGGGAGAGAACAUGCCCACCACACCCCUGCCGUCACCACCUUCCCAGGACGCUCACACCUUCCCUCCUGUGCGGGUGUACCAAGUGUGUGUGUGCCCCAGCGGACGGCUCUUCCUGGUUACUGCUUCCUCCGCCUGCGUUCCUGACGACGAGGUCUGUCGCUAGUGGGCAUCGCUGAAGCUCCGCUUCCAAAACCCUCUUCCUUCUACAGUCACCACCUUUUCAGUGGAUUGGCUUUGCAAUCUUGUGCAAGUAGGAUAGCUAGAACCAGUGUCAAGGAGGAUAAAGGAGGUGCCCACGUACAGAAGAAGCCAUGAGACGCCAGUAUUGUUACAUUGUUAAUGUUUCUGGUGGCGAAGGGAGUCGGAUUGUCAUGUGAGGCACUGCUUCUGUCUGCUGCCUCCGUCUGCUGCUUCUGUCUGCUGCCUCCGUCUGCUGCCUCCGUCUGCUGCCUCCGUCUGCUGCCUCCGUCUCAGAUUGUAUCUUGUCGCCAUUUGCUACAAGAGGAUGCUCUCUCAUCUUCCUAUUAUCUCUCUUGUUCCACUAUCCCUCACUCCCUCUUACUCUUCUGGACUCACUUAGUCUUUCACUUCUGACCUCAACAGUACAAGACGAAGUAAUUACUACUGUGUAUGGCGUAUCUUGUACCUUCUCCUCUCCCUAACACCUUGAUCCACCUCCUCCAGGUGAUGCUUGUCACUCCCUCAAGCAUCAUGUACUCCUCCAGGCACCAGAGUACACUUCAGCGUACUCACACAAUAAUAAUGCGCAUGUGGUACAAAAUAUCACCGGUGUCAGGAUUCGAGAGUAGAAUAAUGAUUAAGUUUUCAGGUAUAAUAUUUAGUUUUUUUAAACGUGUUUGUAGUUUUAAAUACAAUUCUAAACUGCAUAUACAUUACUCAUGUACAUACGGUUACAUUUGAAGUGUAAAUAAUA